AUUAGAGAUGGCUCAUUACUGACUACUUCGUACCUUAAGCUACCUUACCUACCUCAUAUACUUACCUAUGUAUGCACUACCUAAGCCAGUAAUAUCCAGCCUCGGCACACCACCUUGACAUUCAUCAAGGUUAUAGUAUCAUUACUGGUAAUAUCAUUACUGGUAGUAUCAUUACUGGAGCUGAUUUGAUACAGAAACGUAGUAUUUCAUACUUGCCCUUCGUAAUGCCUCUCCGAUUAUUAAAUCAUUUACCUACAGUUACAUAAAUUGAGUCGUUACUAUACGACUAUCACAUCAGAUACCAGAAAUCAAAGGCCGAUCUAUUCAGACGCGAAUCAAAAAUGAGCCUGAGCCGUCAUGCCAUGCGAACUCAUUAAGGAACCCGUUGAUAAUUCAAUGUUCUGGGAGGGGUGACGCGCUCUACAUUAACCAGCUAUGCAUUCAUCUUUUCAUAGCAUCCCGGAUCCUUCCAAGAAAGGGCAUGUUCCCAAAUCUGCCCACGACAGCGAGACUUUCGACGCAGAUGGUACUAUUCACGUUGAUGGACUCGUUGGAUCAGCCACCAUAUCACCUUGUGGUCGCGACAUAGCUCUAGCCUCUCCAGAAGGUCUAGCCAUCAUCGACCUUGAUUCUCCUUACAGCCCACCUCGCAGGCUAAGUAGUCAUGGAAUGCCAUGGUUGGUCGUUGACGUGCAAUGGUCUCCAUUUGCUGCGCGGGACUAUUGGGUGGCGUCCACGGCGAACCAUCGCUGUUUGGUCUGGAAUCUGAACUUGAGGGAAGACUCGGCCACAGGAGCGAUUGAGCAUUCUCUUCAAGGCCAUAGCAGAGCUAUUACGGAUAUCAACUUCUCUGCUCACCACCCCGACAUUCUUGCUACUUGCGCCGUGGAUGGCUACGUGCAUUCCUGGGAUCUGCGAAGGCCUAAGCAACCCGUUUUGACAUUCUGCGACUGGUUUGCUGGCGCUACCCAAGUCAAAUACAAUCGCCAGGACCCCUAUGUGCUUGCCUCUUCACAUGAUAGAUGGCUACACAUCUGGGACGAGAGGAAGCCUUCUAUGCCUCUCAAGUCUAUCAGCGCACAUACAUCCAAGAUCUAUGGCCUCGAUUGGAAUCGCUCUAGAGCAACUCAUAUUGUUACUUGUUCUGUGGACAAGAGCAUCAAGUUUUGGGAUUACGCCGGGUCCGAUGAACCAGAAAGAAUCAUUCGCACUGACUUCCCUGUUUGGCGCGCUCGUCAUACUCCUUUUGGAUGGGGCCUGUUGGCUAUGCCUCAAAAUGACCCUGGAAACCUGUAUCUGUAUGAUGUUCGUCGUGAUGAAGGAGAACCUUUAGAUGAUGCCGUGAACCCUCGGACUAUCUUUCCCGGUCAUGGGACGCACAAGGUGAAGGAAUUCUUAUGGAGAAGUCGCGGAACUGUCACCGAUGAAGGGAUCGACAAUCGUGGGUUCCAACUCGUAUCAUGGGGCGAAGACAACGAGCUGCGCCUUCAAAGAGUUGAUGAACCGACUCUUGAAUCUGUCGGUCAUGUGAAAGGUGGUCCAGCUCGAAAAUUCAACCUGACGAGAAAGGGAGCUGCGUAUAAGACGUACCGAGCCGUUGAUGACCAUGCGCAUAGGGAGAAGAAGUCGGCUACAAUGAGUGACCCUCGCCCGGGCAGUGGAGGAGGUCAUGUCCGUCGUAGUGCUCUCACCAUGGGAAUGCAGACGAUGUCGUCACAUUAUCCUCGAUCUGGCAGCGGCAUACCAAGCUGGAAAGGCCCCUCGAUGAAAGCCAAGUCAGCUACAGGGAAGAUUAUAGAUAGAGGCCUUGAUCAAGUCGGUUGGAUGAAGGGUAUCAGCAUGAGCAAGAAGUCGGCGAUGAUUGGGCCAUCCCAGAGAAAGGAGUCGAGAGAUUCUACCAUGUUCGGACAUCACUUUCAUGACGAGCAUUGGGGAGAGCCGGAAACACUACAGGAAGAAAUCAUUCGUGUUAGCCAGCAAUUGCCGAAUGUCAAAUGGGACAAUGUCGACAUGGAUUCUUUAACCUUGAAAGCUUCCCUCAAAGGACCGUGGGGUGCAGAUGGCGAUACCAUUUUUAUCAAAGUGAAGGUGGACAUUCCUGGGAACUAUCCUAAAUCAAGAGCUCCGAAAUUCAUCGUCGAGAAGACAGCUUUGAUGUCAGACCAGAUAUAUAAGAAACUUGACCAGGAAAUACACCAACUAAUAAGUCAAUUCGCAAAGAAGCGGCAGAACUGCCUCGAGGUAGCUUUUAGUUAUCUCCUUGGAGAGAUCGACCUUUCGACUAGUGAUUCACUUUUCAAGAAUGUCAAAGAUCUAGACGAUGACAUGGGCGGACUGGCCGACGAGAGUUCGAGCGAGGAAGAGGAUACCGAUAUUCCUGCGGGCGGCUCUGCCACCAUGUCGCAAGAGCUCACUGCCAGCACCGAGUUGGAUGCAACCCUUGCACCGAUUAAUCGACCUACUAUUCCACCUAUGCCGCGUUUCUGUGGUGGCCGUUUCUCCAAUGACGGGAGAUUAGUUUGUUUUUUCCCUACCAAGGAAGAGAAAGCUAAGAAUGCCUCUUUCUUUCCUUCCAGUGACUCUUAUAGGGAACGACCCAAAGGCGAGCCUAGCUUUGCCGGAUUUGGUAGACUUCAACAAGAGUCAUCAGUUCCAAGAAACCGGUAUGCCAAUGACGAUGUCUCUGCCACUGAAGACCAGUCUGAUUCGGAAGAUACAGAAGGCUCUUCUAGUUCGAGUGACUCUGAAACCACGUAUAUGCAUAAGAUCAAUAUGUGGUAUCUACCUGGCCGGCGCUUCCGGAAGACAUUCAGUGGUAGUUAUUCAAUGCAUUCAAGCGGAGGGGGGACUGGUAUUGGUACCGGUACCGGCACUGGCACAAGUAGACGUCGGCCAGGAAAACCCAAGAACAUAAUAUCUAUCCACGACGUUUCUAAUGAGCUACCUUCCAAGCCAGAAUUCGCUCAAGAAUAUUGCAUUUUUGGGGAUGGUGCAGAGGUUUGUGAACAUAAUGCAGCUGUUGCAGAAAAAUAUGGCCGAUCCGGUCUUGUUGAUAUUUGGAAAUACGCGGCUUUAUUACUCAGAAAAGACAUUCCCCUCGAACUUUUAGGGGGUGGCCAGAAUAGAAGAUCAGUACUUGUCAUCGCGAAGGAUGCCGUUGCACGUCUCGGCGACGCCAGGCCGUCCUCUAGGAAUUCGGACUCUGUCGCACUCACCGGGCGAGUUAAAUGGGGAUACCACCCUCUCGCAAAAGGCCUUAUAGACGACCUGUUCGACUAUUUUGAAAAAUUGGCGGAUAUACAGAUGCUUGCUAUGCUUUCAUGCAUAUUUAGCGAAUCUUCCAAUGAAGACAGUGUUGCUUAUGCAGAAUCCCAUCUCCCUCAGCCAGAGACGCCACUUCCUAUGAAAGCACCGUCAUUUUCUUUAGAUUAUUUCCCUACAGACGCAUCGAUCUGGCACCAUCAUUACAACUACAAAAGCCAAGCCAACUCCGCAAUCUCUACACCCAAGACAGUACAUACUCCGGUGAAUAUCGCGGGUUCGUACGGAUCCGAAGAAAUCGCGUGGGGUGGUGAACCGAAAUCCAACUCGUACUCAUGCGGUGAAACGCCCCCGACGACAACUCCACGGGAGCCAGAUGGCGAUCCGACGCAAAGCUUGGCUACAUCCCCUGACAAUAGGCUCCUAACCCGUGCCAAUACUGCUUUAAGUGCCGGCCUGGCUAGCUUCCCCAGGGCUUUUGCGAGUGUUGCUUCCACGUCCCCUCCGAGUCGGAAACGCCCCAGUCCUGGAGAUACAUUUCUGUCCAAUCUUGCCCCAACCAACAUUACUUGGGGUGGCUCGACUAUUCUGGGUCCUACGUCUGAGCCGUCAGGUACUGCGCGGAAUUCUUACUCGGACGAUGACAUGCGGAAUGACGACGCUUUACCACUCGUAUGCUACGGCAUAUCCACGGUAAUGGAGGAUCAGUCCCCGUUCGACGAUGACGGCUGGUUAGGUACCCCCUUCCUCGAGCCUUCACGUUAUCCCAUAUACGCGAGUUACCGCCACGCUUAUGCAGAAAUGUUACAGAUGUGGAGGCAACCGUUGGCGCGACUCGAGAUUCUGAAAUUCAAUGUCCUCAAAGAUCCUUCUGAUCUUCAUACGACUAGUUUCGCAAGCUCUAGAGCUACUAGCUAUCACGACUUCUAUCACAAUAACGAGGAAAUAAAUAACACCUCGAUAUCGCACAAUGAUGCUGGCUCACCUAUCGUAUUAGGGAAAAGGGAGCUGCUACAAUCUCUGAUCACGUCUGAUCGUGGAAUAGACGUGACGGGAAUCUGUCGCGUACACGAGACUCAUUUGGACCCUAUUCGAUCAACUUACGCUAGUGCGACUUGUGGUGGUGCCGUUGGCACUUGCGAUCGCUGCAAACGCACACAAACGCAGCUUCUGUGUGUAUUCUGUAGCGAACCGAUGGACGCUCUAUACCCUCCUUGUCUAUCCUGCGGCUGUGCCAGUCAUGACACUUGCAUAGCAGAAUGGCAUGCAGCUGGUGAAACCGAAUGCCCGGCGGGAGAUGAAUGCGAUUGUGCUGAAGAAGCGAGCACAGGCCAAAUCGAAACGUGGGCUGCUAUCUUGGGCGCCCUACGUCAAGGCAAAAUCCGCAAGCCGUCGGAUGUCGGCCUAGAAGCUUCCCAGCUUGCUGCGGACAAACGCGGCGGCUCCAUUGACAAGCACGACUGGGAGAAGAUCGCUAGCGGCGCAUUCAUACCCCUCGCCGAUGGGCAAGGCAAACCCCUAGACCCAUACCAAUUCCAAACCCCCAUGUCAGCUGCUCGAAUCAGUCUUGGGAACAAGCUGAGAAAAUCGGCAGGAAACUGGGGCAGCACGUCUUCGUUGCGCAAGAAAUCGGGUAGUGGAUCGGGCUCGGGGUCGGCGAGUAGGCGAUGAGUGAAACUUUACGACUUUUGUACCGAUAUAUGAUGUAUACGAGUAUAGGUUUUCCUGGGUUCUUGUGUACAAAUAGGAUUGGAGCGGGCGUUGUAGGGUUUUUGAGUAUGUGUAUACGGAGCGGUUGGAACUGCUGAAUAUACCUACUGAAUGUAUGUACAAGUCACAGAAGCUGGUGAUUACCAUGCAUCGCAUUUCUGGAUGGGAUUGAUGCCCAGCUCCUCUGAUGAUGAACUAUUGGUUUUGAUGACAUGACGCUUGUCUACUUACCUGAGAUAGGUAGCCCAAGGUACUCGAAAUAAGUGACUGUAAAAGAUCAUCGCUCAAUACCCCUUUUCCAUCGCAUCUUACAAAUUUACCCAGCUCAACCGCUCAAUCCAGACAGACUCCUGCCGCCAUUCCGCCUCCUGUUUUCCCUUUUCCCAUUUUCAUCCCAAACCCCUAAGCUUGCCCUUUUCAGAUCCGACCGGCCAGUUUUACCCGGUACCGGUAUUUUAUUACAUCCGUCCGCCUAUCCCAAUACCAAGAAUAAACCAGAACAAAUAUACUAGGUAGCCACAUUAGGUAUUAGGCAGAUACCCCUUUGAAACAAGAUUGAAAAAAAAAAAAAAACCAUCAUCGUGGUCGUCGCCACCGCCUUCGCCUUUGACUUUGACUUAAUCCCACCUCCCCCGUUCAACUUAGCUAGGCACCUCAACACCUGCACAUCUGCACACACCGACUCGUCGG